GUCUGGAUUCUGCGCAUCGAAUUCGAUGACGAUACUCUGAUAGUGAUCCAACUUCCCCGCUACCUACUCUGCUACUCUCGCUACUCUACUCCGACAGCCAAAUUCAACCCACCGUUGCCCUUCCACACCUUCCCCCAGGUUUACCCUCUCUGCCUUCGGCCGUCCCCUUAAAUCCCGCCCUUUGCACCUGCCCCCGCCCGCACAACCAAACCCAACCCCAGCCCAGACGUCCCUCAAUCAUUGACCCCCCAUACUCCGUAUCCCACCACAUCCCUCCAAUUCCCAUACCCAUUUAAGCUUGUUGAGACACCCACUCUAACGCAAUGGCCAUCACCAAUGUUGGCUCUCUCGUCCUCAACCUCCUCAUCUUCAUCACCACUCUGGUCAACUUCAGCUACACCCUGACCACACUCGAACCCGGCUUCAUCAUUGUCCUCUAUGCCAUCUCCAAGAUCUUCGUGACGCCGCCGGAGCAGGGCAUCUUCAAAAAAUGUCAGCAGCGACAUCUCUACCAAGAAGGUUGACCUACCAGCUCCCCGAAAAUGGCUAUGAAUCUCCAAUGGUACCCGGGAGCGAGGAGAAUUUCUUUGAACCAACAACAAAUGGGACUGCCAACGACGCGGGACUGGGGGAUCGACGGCAGCGACGUCCACCCUAUGCGGGCAACAACCGCCUAUACACCAGGGACGAAGAAUGUCAAACGCAGGACCGAAGUGAUGGCACAAGCACGGUGGUGAGCGCGCAGGGUGAUGAAGAAGGAGGUCAGAGGAUAUUUGGCUUUCGGGACCGCAUUGGCUGUUAUACUUGGACUUGGUUCACAAUGACAAUGGCAACCGGAGGCAUCGCAAACGUCCUUCAUUCAAGUGUGUGGAACCUACUUGUAAUAGAAAACUGCACACCCGUACUGACAAUGUCAAGUUCCAUAUCAAUCCAAUUGGCUCCGAAUCAUUGGUGCCAUUAUCUUCUUGUUCAAUAUGAUACUUUUUCUCAUGAAUUGUUUCUUCAUCACGUUACGGUUCAGGUGGAAUCCUGGGUCUUUCAAAUCUUCUUUCAAAAGUCCUUCCGAAUCGUUAUUUAUACCCGCAUUUGUAAGUGUAGAAUACCCUAUCUUCGCGCACACAGCUGACACGGUGAAAUUCAGGUCGUAUCGUAAGAAAUUCGAACCAUUUCUGUAUCACGGUCCUCAUUAACACCAAACAGAGUAGGGACGAUAUUAACAAACAUGGCGCAAUAUGGAAUACCAAAGACGGGGGAAUGGUUUCAAACAGUAAUGCAAGUAUGCUUCUGGACCUACGCAUUAGUCACCUUCUUAGCGAGUUCUGGCAUGUACUUGAUUAUAUGGUCGACUCAGUAAGUCCUGGAACGAACCUGAAUCUCCAUCACGAUGCUCAUUCUUUGCAGAACAUUUCCAAUCCACACUAUGACGCCAAUCUGGAUUUUUCCUGCCUACCCCGCACUUAUGAUUGCCCCACUAGCCUCCAACAUCAUUGCGUCUCUACCCAAUGCAACAGCCGCAGCACGAAUAAAUUCCAUCGCGAUAGCAUAUGGAGCGAUUUGUAUACAAGGUACCGGAUUCAUGGUUAGCUUGAUGAUUUACAGUGCAUUUAUAUACAGACUCAUGACACAAAAGCUUCCACGAGAGAGUACUCGGCCUGGAAUGGUAUGCUCAAAUCCAAGAUCAAAAACCACCUCAUGCUAACAUCAUCAGUUCGUUUCCGUUGGUCCAAGUGGUUUCACCGCUGUCGGCAUUGUACAACUUGGCAGUGUCGUUCCAAAGAUAAUGCCAAAUGGUUGGUUGGGACACCCAGAUGCUGCUUUCUUCCUUAGAUUGUUAUCCAUCAUGGUGGGCUUAUGGAUCUGGGGACUGUGCUUGUGGUUUUUCUUGGUAAGUGUGGGUGCCCAUUGGCAGCUGGUCCUACUAAAAAAGGAAAAACACCAAAUCCAUUUUGACAUGACCUGGUACGUCCAUUUUUUCCCUCUCCUCUCUCUCCGAUUGUUUCUUGCAUUAACACAAUUUUGGCAGGUACUCAUAUGUCUUCCCCAACACCGCUUUGAUCUCAGCCACCCUCGCUAUAGGUAAAGCUCUUAGUUCCAACGCUAUCCAGAUCUUCGGCACAGUUCUUUCCGCUCUGCUAGUUGGCCUAUGGAUCAUUGUCUUCUACAUGAUGAUUAGGGCUUUGGUCUUCAAGAGGUUGCUUUGGCCCGGACGUGUAGAUGGGUCUGAUAUCUCGUGGAAACACUGGAUGGGGGUGUGGGACAAGUUGGUUGGUUCAACAGAAAAGAAUGCGCAAGGUGCGGUUUGAAAAAUACAUAUAGAGCGCGGUGUUUGGUGUUGGAGGAGUUGAGCGGCUUUCUCUCUUUCUUUCUUUGCUUUUUCGCCGGACUUUUUGCUGGAAAAGUUAGAGGGUGAGGUUGCUAUAAUGGGGUGUAGGGGGAUUAGAGCGUGUAGAGGGGAUAAAAGGAGAGAG